AUGAAGCGAAGUUCGAGGAUUUCAAGAAUCUUGGCCAUGGUACCUCCAGCUGACUCAGGGUCCGAGGAUUCUGACUUAGAUUUAGACCUGUCGUCAGACGCUCCCGAUAUCCCAAAUGAGAUUAUGGAUAUAUUCGAACAAUCUGAUAGUGGAGAUGACUCCUUACCAUCACAAAUGUUACCGCCUUCACAGGAAUCCUCAUGGUUACCCGAAGCACCAGCCGUGUGUGUUACGAUCCCAUCAUCACCUUCUCUUGUGUCAGUAAAUCCUUCACCCGACACAUCAGAAACUGUACAGUCGCCAAGAACGCCAAAUACAAUUUAUUCCAAUACUUCUAGUCUUCUGAUACCAAUUGCACCCAGACUCCUACGCUCACGCAGAUCAGUAAUUCAAAACCAAAAUAACAGAACAGAACCAUUAUCAAGCACACAACGAGAAGACCUAAUUCAACCCCGGACUUUUGGUGUUGAAGUUCAGCGUACAAGAAAACGAAAAAAAGAACGCAUGGAUUUUAAUUUUAGAUCUACAAAGUUUAUGUGGCAUGUGGACAGGGAAACAAGUGUUGACAGUUUAUUUCAGGAACAAGUCACUGAUAUUGAUACUCCAUAUCAAUACUUCAAAAGAUUGUUUGACGAUGAAUUGAUGGAAUUUAUUUGUUAUCAAUCAAACCUUUACUCUACUCAAAGUACAGGAAGAUCAGUUGAUAUGACAAAAGAAGAAUAUGAAAACUUUCUAGGUAUUGAUAUGCUAAUGAGUAUUGUCGGUAUGCCUUCUUACAAGGAUUAUUGGUCACAUCAAUUAAGAUAUGACAAAAUUGCUUCUGUGAUGCCACUGAAAAGGUAUCAGCUGUUACGUAAAUACAUGCAUUUUUCCGAUAACAGCAAUGUAAGUCCCAAUGAUAGAUAUGGCAAAGUGAGACCUAUCAUGGAGCACAUAAGAAAAAAUUGUUUACGAAUAGAGCCUGAAAAAAGUUUUUCUGUUGACGAGAUGAUGAUUCCGUACAAAGGGACAAGAGCUGGAUCAAGAAGGCAGUAUAUUAAAAAUAAGCCUCAUCCUUGGGGGUUUAAGUUUUUAGUCAGAGCUGGAGUAUCUGGCAUAGUUUAUGACUUUUUCCCUUAUGCUGGUGAAACAACUUUUGAUGAUGUGAGUUUUACGGACACUGAAAAUAAAUAUUUCGGACUGACAGAAAAAUGUGUACUGCGCUUGGCGAAAACUAUUAAAAAUCCAGCUCUGACAACCUUGUUUUUUGACAACUGGUUCUCUUCUCUUGAACUUAUAUCCUAUCUGAGAAGUGAGUUUGGCAUCCUAUCGUUAGGGGUUAUCCGUAAAGAUCGUUUGAGAGGAUGCAAUAUAAUAUCGGACAAAGAUUUGCUAAAGAAAGGAAGAGGAAGCUACAAGGUUAUGGUCGAUAACAAUAAGAAGAUAGCAGUGACUAAAUGGGCAGAUAAUAAAUGUGUUACUUUAGCUAGUUCAUAUGCAGCAGAUAACAGAGAGACAUUUGUAAAAAGAUAUUGUAAGGCCUCUAAGGGCAAAGUAGAUGUCACAUGUCCAACGGUUAUAUCAGAAUAUAACCAGCACAUGGGUGGUGUGGACUUGGCGGGAAUGUUUGUGUCUCUGUAUCGAACAGGCAGUAAAAGUAGGAAGUGGUACAAGAGAAUAUACUACCAUUUAGUGGAUAUUUGCGUCAACAAUUCUUGGCUAGUAUAUAGGCGACAUUGCAAAAUGUUGAAUGAAAAGAAAGUGUUAUCUCUUAAAGAUUAUAAAUUAAGCGUUUCGUACACGCUUUUACAAAAAGGUAAAAUAGUGAGUAGAAUGGCAACUAAUUCGGUGAAAAUUAAACAGCCCGUUGUGCCAAGGCCCGAAAAGGAUAUCCGCAUUGAUGGCUUACACCAUAUCCCUACUGUUGGAAAGAAGGGUCGGUGUAGGAACUGCACAACGGGUCAGACAGUUAUUAGUUCUCUAAAAUGUGAAACAAGGCUAUGUCUCACAGAAAAACGUAACUGUUUCCGUGAAUUUCACACCAAA